GGGCUCGGGCUCCGCGGGCGGGCGGGCGGACAUGGCGGCCAACAUGUACCGGGUCGGAGAUUAUGUGUACUUUGAAAAUUCUUCCAGCAACCCAUAUCUAAUCAGAAGAAUAGAAGAACUUAACAAGACUGCAAGUGGCAACGUGGAAGCAAAAGUAGUGUGCUUUUAUAGACGACGAGAUAUUUCCAACACGCUUAUAAUGCUUGCGGACAAGCAUGCUAGAGAAAUUGAGGAAGAAUCUGAAACAACAGUUGAGACUGACUUGACUGAAAAACAGAAACAUCAGUUGAAACACAGGGAACUCUUUUUGUCACGCCAGUAUGAAUCUCUGCCUGCAACACAUAUCAGGGGAAAAUGCAGUGUUGCUCUACUGAAUGAGACAGAAUCAGUACUGUCAUAUCUUGAAAAAGAGGAUACCUUUUUCUACUCAUUGGUCUAUGACCCUUCAGUGAAAACAUUGUUAGCUGACAAAGGUGAAAUCAGAGUGGGUCCGAGAUAUCAAGCAGAUAUCCCAGAAAUGCUCUUAGAAGGAGACUCAGAUGAAAGGGAACAGUCAAAACUGGAAGUUAAGGUGUGGGAUCCCAAUAGUCCACUCACAGAUCGGCAGAUUGACCAGUUUUUAGUUGUAGCUCGUGCUGUUGGGACAUUUGCUCGUGCCCUUGACUGCAGCAGUUCAGUACGACAGCCUAGCUUGCACAUGAGCGCAGCUGCAGCUUCCCGAGACAUCACCUUGUUUCAUGCUAUGGACACGUUAUAUAAACAUGGCUACGAUCUGAGUAGUGCAAUUAGUGUCUUAGUGCCACUUGGAGGACCAGUCUUAUGCCGAGAUGAAAUGGAAGAAUGGUCAGCCUCUGAAGCUAGUUUAUUUGAAGAAGCACUGGAAAAGUAUGGCAAAGACUUCAAUGACAUACGUCAAGACUUUCUGCCUUGGAAGUCAUUGACAAGCAUCAUUGAGUAUUACUACAUGUGGAAAACUACUGACAGAUAUGUGCAGCAGAAACGCCUAAAAGCAGCUGAAGCUGAGAGUAAACUGAAACAAGUAUAUAUCCCAACUUACAGCAAACCAAAUCCUAACCAAAUAUCUACCACCAAUGGCAAGCUUGGUGCUGUGAAUGGAGCUGUGGGGACCACGUUCCAGCCCCAGAAUCCCCUUUUAGGGAGAGCCUGUGAGAGCUGUUAUGCUACACAGUCUCACCAGUGGUAUUCUUGGGGGCCACCUAAUAUGCAGUGUAGAUUAUGUGCAUCUUGUUGGCUGUAUUGGAAAAAAUAUGGAGGCCUGAAAAUGCCCACCCAGUCAGAAGAAGAGAAGUUAUCUCCUAGCUCAACUACAGAGGACCCCCGUGUUAGAAGUCACCUGUCCCGGCAGGCCAUGCAGGGGAUGCCAGUACGGAACACUGGGAGUCCCAAGUCUUCCGUGAAGACACGCCAAGCUUUCUUCCUUCAUACUACAUAUUUCACAAAAUUUGCUCGUCAGGUCUGCAAAAAUACCCUCCGGUUGAGGCAGGCAGCAAGACGGCCAUUUGUUGCUAUUAAUUAUGCUGCCAUUAGGGCAGAAUAUGCAGACAGACAUGCUGAACUAUCUGGAAGCCCACUGAAAAGCAAGAGCACUAGGAAACCAUUGGCAUGUAUCAUUGGGUAUUUAGAAAUUCAUCCUGCAAAGAAGCCUAAUAUAAUUCGAUCUACACCAAGCCUGCAAACCCCAACUACCAAGAGGAUGCUAACCACUCCAAAUCACACAUCUUUGAGCAUUCUUGGAAAAAGAAACUACAGUCAUCACAAUGGCCUGGAUGAACUCACAUGCUGCGUGUCAGACUGAGUUAUCCCUGUUCUAUGCUACAAUCCAAGACUCUACUGUCCUGCUGGUGGUCACAGAUGUGCCUGGGAAGGAGGCAGCUUCUUCAGUGGGAGCAGAGCUCUGUGUGCACCCUGCGGAGACCCGAAGAGGCAGAAAAGAAACUGUAGGGGUGCAUGUUCCAAACCUGCAUCUCCGUGGGACCCAGGGGCACCUUCCUUCCCUCUCAGAGACCUUGCUGUCCUAGAGUGACCUUCCUGAGAACUGAGGGCAGCAGGGAGCCACUGGCCUCCUCACUUGUUGGUGUCCACUUCCCCAGAGUGGGGGGCUUGGGUGAUGGAGGCUGCUGAACACUCAGAACCCUGCUGCCCUGCAUGUGCCAGUCCCACUGUUUUAUGCUAUGUACUUAUGUACAGGAGGAAUGUGGCAUCUUUCUGAGUGGAUUUUCUUAAGACAUGUGCCAGUGUUUACACAGUUCAUAGUGUUCCCCUGUCCUUGCUGGUAUUUGUCGCUUGCCUUUUUCCCAGUAGGCUGCUUCCUUCUCCCUGACCCCCUCCCCUGUUCUCCUGCCUCUCCCCUCCCGUGGCUGCUUCCCGCUCAGGGGAAGUGUUGCUUUUCACCCCUGCAUCCUGUAUUCAUCUGCUCCCACUCCUCAAUGGUAUGGUUACUCCUGGGUCUGACAGAAGAGAAGGUUCUUGCCUUGGCCAGCCUGCACAUGACUCUCAGCAGCUCUAUUUUCUUUUGGAAGAGAGGCUGGUUUUCUACUUGGUCCUGGAGAGCUCUAGUGAGAGCAGGUGUUAAACAUGCCAAGCGUGUAUAUCACUGUGACAAGCUAUUUUCUUACUGCAACCAAGCCAGCUAAUGAGGAACUGCACCAAGUGUUCCUAUCAUGGGUCACUACUCACCCUAGUUUAUUUUACCCCUUAGGAGGGUGGAAGGGAGGAUCAUGUUUGCAAGUAUAGGUCUAUAUAGUCGGCUCCAAAAGCUCUCUACCCUUCUGGCCCAGUAUGCUGUGAGCAUUAUGUUCUGAGGCCUCAGGAGACCUUCCUGCUUUACUGGCUUGGGUUCUCCCUGCCUGCCCUGGGCACUAGCCCUUGGUGACAUCCCAAUAGACCAUCUGUUGCAGGCAAGGAGUAACUCAAUGCCUGGUUGGUUCCUGAGCCUAGCCAUCUCCCUGCCUCCAUUAACAAAGAUGGUCUGCAGGACGUAGGGUCGUAGCACUGUGACAGACAACUGGAGUCUGACCUUUCAGCUACCCCAGGAGCAGUAGCUGGAGGAGGAAAUGAGAUGCUCAAACAAGUUGUUGCAUGAAAGAAUGGCCACCCUGGAAUUGGCCCCCCCAGCAAGAAUGAGGCAUCACAGAAAUGACAAGGAUAUCUACGUCUACGUCCUCCACGGCUGGCUCAACUCAGCAGAGAAUGAGGCGGUAUGGGGUAGUGUGAAUGGGGUCAAGAUGCCUCAGUCUUGCCCAGUUUGGAGCAUGUUGGCUUCUUGAGGAGGAGCCUCUGGGUGACCAGGACAAGUUCCAAGUUCUCUGUCUCUGGAGCUGUCCUGCGGCUUGGCUUGAGCCCUGAGGGCAGGGCCUGUGUCAGAGGUGCUUCAUGAGACAAGUGCACGUGGCAAGGGUUUCCUCCAGAUUCUUAUACAUAAAUCUCCUACAGCAAAGACCCUGGAUGGGAAGGCCAGCUAGCCUUUCUGGUAUUUCUUCUCUAAAGAAAAAGAAACCUCAGCACAGAUGUCUGUCUGUGAACUUGUCCUGAGCUUAUGUGGCACAUGGACACAGAGACAUCAAUUAGCUGCUUGGCUACAUUCUCUCUGCCUGUUGGGAGAGGCCUUCCACCAGGCUGGAGAGAUUUGGAGAAGGGCCUUGCCAAUACUGAUGGAGAAGCAGGAGGCUCCAAGUUAGCUGUGAAUGCCGUGCAGCCAGAGGCUCUUCAUCAGCUUGUUAGUAAGAGCUGGUUCUGUAGUCCCACCCUCCCAUGGAGAUAGAGCUGACUAAGCGUUUAUGCCCCUAUUUCAUCCCUUGGAAACCCCCUGACAUUCUGAAGGAAUAUUCUAAUCCAGGGAACAGAGGGUAAUGCCAAGGAGCUUCCGUUCCUUGCCUUUGCUGUUCAGAACAUUUGGUACCGAGAUGUUUCUUAGCUGGCCAUGCUCUUUCAAGGGCCAUGGUGCUGCCAUAGUGCAUGUCAGUAGUGUCACAAUUGUUCAGUGGACAUACAAGCAGACAUGCUGAGAUUCUUCAUUCUGAAGCAGAUGAGAUAUAGUGCAAAGCCCUCUGAGUGAGGACACAGACACUGCAAGGCAUCCCCUCUGUCCUCAGUCACUGCCACCACCUCUGACGUCCUAACUGUGUGCAGAAGAGGAGGAUAGACAGAAGUUCAUUGCAGGGAUCUCUUAUGAGUCUACCUUGCCCACAGCCCUGUGUCUGGGCAGGGCUCAGCCAAGUACAGCCUACUCUGAGUAAAACACAUUUUAAGCUAGAGAGUGUUGAUCAAAAACAAGAAGAGCAGAAAAAUGAAACAAGAAUAAGAUAUCCUGGAUGCUAGACACAGUCAGGAGGCCAUACUACCGUAUCCGAGAGCCAGGGCCACUGGGGAGAUCUGAAGUGCGUUGAUAGAAGCUGAAGUCAUGAGAGGUUGGAGGGGAGAAACAGCUUCGCCUGUCAUGCCCUCCAGAUUUUUGUGGGUGCCUCCUGUUAGCUGACUCCAGCUGGAAGUCAGCUUCCCUGGCAGCCUUGGAAGGCCCCCAAAGGGUCAGCAUGCAGCUGAAUGAAGGAGUGGAAGAGAAGGCAAGGAGCAGGUCUGAGGGCAGGCAGUCCAUGCUGUGUGUGGCCUCUGUAUGCUCUUGGUCAUGUCCAAGCCUGGUGCCUAUGUGCAAUCCUGGGACCAUAGUAAGAGAGACAAGGGGAGCUGCUCCCUUAGGUUUUUGUAAAUUCUCUUUUGCUCUGCCCAGAAAGAGAAGUGCUUUUGAGAGGCAGAGGAGUCUUUGUUCUUCACCGUUGUCCCUGUUUUCCUCUGGGGGAAUUCACCCAUUUAGCAAUCCACCUCAGCACCGCCUUCAGGAAAGCUAUGUCCCAGUUUUCUGUGUGCCUCCUCUCUCUCUGCACCACAUCUCUGGUUUCCCUUCCACAGAGCACUCACCAGAGCAUGCCUCAGUGCUCACUCCAGCUGCCCAGGAGAGCUCUUUCCCGCGGUACCCGUGUGCACUGUCUGUCUGUGAGGAGAUGCCAUCUACUAUCGGUUCGUAUCGUGUUUCCAAUAAAUUUCUGGAAAUCA